GUCAGUUGCUGGCGACAAAGCUGUACGAUUUUUCAACUGGAACACUGGCGACUUCUUCAGCGGACGGAACGAUGGAUCAAAUGUACCCUCUCAUCCGGCGAUUCGGCGUCGAUGGAUCAAAAGAAGGAGGUGUCAAGAAUGCUGGACUAUUACCUGAUGAAGAUCAACCAAGCAGAGUCCGUGGAACCGAUGACAGUGACUUGUUUGACGCGUUCAGCAAGCCUGUAUCCUAUGAAGAGGCUUGGAGAGAUGAAUUGAAAUCCAUGACACGGGAAGAUUAUUAUACAUCUGAUACUCCCAAAUUCGCUCAGUUGGUUCGAUCAAGAACGUAUGACGAGGCUCAGGCACGAGGAGAGCACUACGCGUGGUUGAAGCAAUAUGAGGAGGCGAGAAAAGGGAAGAAGACUUUCUUGCUUACACAAGAAGAGCGAGAUGCCCUGGACGAGCUCCCUUCGCUCGACAUUGCUUUGGCAAGACAGAAGACCAAGGCCGAAGUCGCAAGGGACGAGGUCAUUUCAAAGUACACCACGUCACGUACAAAGGCCGAUUUUGCCAAUUCGAACCACUUCCACCCCAUGUCAAUGGAAAACGCAGCUCAGAAGAAAGCAUAUGGACUCGAUGAGAGUCAAGGUGUUAUGAGCUUGCCCGGUGGUCAAGGUACGAGAUACGCUACAGAUGGUCGAAUGAUUGAUUCAAUCGUCGAUACCAAGUACUUGGACACGGUCGGAUCCACAGCUGCGAAGUAUUUGUCUUUGGCUCAUGCUGAGGAGAUGGGAACGGACGAUGAUUUGGACAGAUGGGUCUUGGACAGAUACAACCUUAAUGGCCGAAAGAUCUUGCUGGAUAACUCGGAACUGGCCAACAAUGACGCAAUCAAGCGAGACCUUGAAUCGAGAGGUAUUUCAGACAAUCGUGGACCACCUGGAUGUACCGACCCAGAAUGCCAAUCCAAAGGCAAGAUCUGGUGUCAAGGAUCCACCCAUCACAAAAUUAGCCCCUUCGUCAGGUCACUAGCGCUGCGAACUCAGGGUCGUUCGACUGAAAAGAUGCUCAUGGGAGCGGAAGACCCUUGGAAGUGGCACGACGCUCAAGAAGCCCAAAAGAGAGCUGAGGAGGCGGUUUCAGAGGUGUCGAUGGAUGAUGGCUUGCAGACUGAGGAUACAGGUACUGUGCCGAUACAUUUGGGACUCGACACUGCUGCCACUCCUCAAGCCUCUGUUCCCAUUUCCAAUUGGACGGACGAGCUGGCAAGUAUGGUGAGCGACGGGCAGCAGCCUAGCUAUGUCACAGUGACAACUGGAGGUGGUGGUGGUGGUGGAGGAAGAGGAGGAGGGCUUAGAGCAUGAGGACUAGUCUUGACACCACGUACAUGCAUAG